AUGAGCUCUCCACGUCCGACUUGGUUCGUCACAGGCACCUCAAACGGCUUUGGUCUCGCGCUUGCACAGCAUAUCUUGAGACAAGACCAUAACCUCGUCUCCCUCUCUCGCUACUCAGAGCCACACGAAUCACUGUCUGCCAUUGUUUCAAUCACAAAGGACGAACAACCACAACUUCACCACCUCCAGCAUGAUCUAGCAAAGAGAGACGACACAAAGAUCAAGUCCUUCAUCUUCGACUUCUUGGCCUCCCAUCCUAACCUUUCCAUCGACAUCCUCGUCAACAAUGCCGCCAUCUGUGCCUUUGCACCAGUCGAGACCAUUCCAACAUCCACUAUCGAAAAAGUCAUGACUAUAAACUUCUAUUCUCCCCUCUGGAUCGUUCAAGCAUGUCUACCUAACAUGCGGACAUCACGGAACCUUAUCCCCAAAGUCAUCGUGAACAUUUCCUCUACUCAAGGAUUAUGUCCUGACCCCGGUGAGAUAGCAUACGACGCCAGCAAGCACGCUCUCGAAGCAUUGAGCGGUGUACUCGCGAGUGAGGUCGCUUACUUCGGAGUUAGGGUGAUCAACGUCAACCUGGGCUCUUUCCGAACUGCUUUUGCUACGAGUGGUGACCGGGCUGGGAUGUCUUCUGGUCCUCGGACUCAAGCUGGUUCGGGUGCGGAUAACAGUCAGAUCUGGGAGGCCCCUUACGACGAUCCAGAUCACCCUGCGACUUCCCGUGUCAAUAUGGUCAUGAAGUUUGCGAAUGUCCCUGAUGCUGCACGUGGUGACCCGGGUAAAGGAGCGAAAAUCCUGUUUGAUGCGAUCAUGCGGACGGAGGGGAGUGCGGCGGAAGCGGCUCUUGCACGACUGCGAGACAGCAAUGGUAGCGAAGGUGGGUUGGAGAGGCUAGUUAUUGGAAGUGAUGCGUGGCCGAAGAUCGUCGAACAGGUGAAGCGGCUGAAUGUGCAGGUCCAGAAUUGUCAGGAUGUGGUUAACUUGAGUAAUGCCGAUGAUGUACAGUAG